GCGUGGAACUGUCUCCUCCUCACUCUUCCACGCAGCAUGAGUUACUCCGGCGAGAUGUACAGCAGCAGCAGCAGCAGCUCCUACCGCAAGAUCUUCGGCGACGCACCGCGGUCGGGGCGCGCCGGUAUGGGCAGCCCGUCCCGGGUGCACUCCUCCGGCUACCGCAGCCGGACGUACGGCUCCCCCGCGGUGAUGUCCUCCUCCUCUUGCUCCAGCGGCGGCUACCGCCGGAGCGCCGCGCCCGGGCAGCGUCUCUACUCCCUGCCGGACCUGAGCCAGUCCACGGCGGUCACCAACGAGCUGAAGAUCGUGCGCACCAACGAGAAGGAGCAGCUGCAAGGCCUCAACGACCGCUUCGUGUCGUUCAUCGAGAAGGUGCACCACCUGGAGCAGCAGAACAAGGUGCUGGAGGCGGAGGUGACGGUGCUCCGCCAGCGCCACAGCGAGCCGUCGCGCCUCCACCACCUCUACGAGCAGGAGAUCCGCGAGCUGCGCGCGCGCGUGGAGGAGCUGACCCACGAGAAGAGCCAGGCGCACCUGGACUGCGUGCAGGUGAGCGAGGCGCUGGAGCGCCUGCGCGACAAGCUGGACGAGGAGGCGCGGCUCCGCGAGGAGGCCGAGGGCGCCCUGAAGGGCUACCGCAAGGACGUGGACGACGCCACCCUGGCGCGCCUGGAGCUGGAGAAGAAGGUGGAGGCGCUGCUGGACGAGAUCGCCUUCCUGAGGAAGGUUCAUGAGGAGGAGCUGCAGGAGAUGCAGUCGUCGCUGCAGGCCACGCAGGUGUCCGUGGAGAUGGACAUGAGCAAACCGGACCUGGCGGCGGCCCUGAAGGACAUCAGGGCCCAGUAUGAGAACCUAUCAUGCAGGAACCAGGCCCAGGCAGAGGAGUGGUACCGCUCCAAGUUUGCAACCGUGACGGAGGCCGCGGCACGCAACCAGGACGCCAUGAAGCACUCAAAGGAGGAGUUGACCGAGUACCGCCGGCAGGUGCAAGCCCGCACCUUGGAGAUCGAGGCCCUGAGGGGCCACAACGAGGCCCUGGAGAGGCAGAUUGCUGAGAUGGAGGACCGCCAUAACGGUGAAGUUGGAGACAUGCAGGACACCAUUGAGCAGCUGGAGGCGGCGCUGCGUAGCACCAAAGGAGAAAUGUCCCGUCACCUGCGGGAGUACCAGGAUCUGCUCAAUGUCAAGAUGGCUCUGGACAUUGAAAUUGCUGCUUACAGGAAGCUGCUGGAAGGCGAAGAGUGCCGCCUCAGCACCGUUGGCGGCGCCAUGGUCCAGUCCGGUUACCCGGGCUUCUCCUACAUGUCGUCCCGCACGUACUCCAUGGGCGCGUACAGGAAGUCCAAACCGGAGGAGGAGGAGGAGGAAGACAAGGAGGACGAGGACGACGCAGAGGAGGACGAGGGGGAGGACGAAGACGAGGGCGUGGACCAGGAGGGAGGUGACGGUGAGGAAGAGGAGGAAGACGAGGAGGAGGAGAAGAAGCCAAAGGAGAAGGAUGAGAAGGAGAAGGAGAAGAAAAGCCCAAUUGAGAAGACCAGCAAGAACUAAAGUGCUUAUGUAGCUUCACCAGCAUCACCACUUCUCAUUGUACAUGCGUGUAUAACAUGGUUGCAUCAUCCGCACACACACACACACACACACACACACACACACACACACACACACACACACACACACACACACACACACACACACACACACACACACACACACACACACACACACACACAC